AGAAAAUAUUGGCUUCAAAAGAUAGAAAAAGAAAAGAAAUAAUAACAUAAUUACGACAAUUGUAAAAGAAAUUUCUAACGUAAUUCUUGAUUGAGGAGGAAAACAACAAGCAAAAUAUGGAACUUGGACCUCCAAAUCUGUCACUUGCCGGUUGUAUAAUACAGUGUAAUCAUAUAUAAUUGGUAGCACAGUGAUUGCAUAUAAUAAUAGUAAUAUUAGUAAUAAUAUUAUAAAUAUUAACUAUAAAAUUAACGACAUUAUAUAAACUAUAUUGGUGGGUUUUUUUUAUAUAAUUAUCAUUUCAACGUAAAUUCGAAACUGCUGAAAAGAAAAAAGUCUUAGCUUCGUGUUGUUCCUGUUGGUUUCUAUAAACAAACGCCUCAUCAUGUCUUCUUCAGUUCAUAUGAUCCGGCCUUUAUAUCGAAACAAAUUCCAACCUCUCAUAGUGAAAGAAUGCAUUCGCACAGUUUUGACGGAGAAUCUCGCUCAUAAGGAAUACAGUCCAGAGACAAUGGCUGAAGACACAAGAGUUUUGGUGGAAUUGAUUCGAAACAAAAUUAAAGAUUUAGCCUAUGAUCGAUACAAAAUCAUUGUACAAGUUUAUAUUGGAGAAUACAGAGGUCAGGGUAUCAAGAUAGCAAGCCGGAAGUUCUGGGAUGCUGACACAGACAACUUUGCUGUGGAUGUUUAUACAAAUAAUUCCCUGUUCUGUGUAGCAAUGGCUUGUGGUGUUUAUUACUACUGAUGGCACAACAACACUUCUUGUCAUACACAUUGGGAUGGAAUAUCUUCCUUUCUCAAGCCUCGUUCUAACGAGACUUUCUUUGACACCACUCCCCUUUCCUUCUCCAUCCCACCAGUGCCUUACCAAAAUUGUUCACGAUGACGACCAGGACGACAUCAAAGGAUCAGACUGCACCAAGUCGGUCGGUCAACUUGGGAAACACAAACGUCUCUGGAGUUCCUUAAGAUGAGAAGCCAUCCUAAUGACCGAAGUAACACCACCACCACCAACUACUGCUAUCACUGCCACCACCACCAUCACUACUUCCUCCUUGUGUCAUCUGGAUCUUAAAGCAUUGUGUUGCUCUUAAUCCCCCGUCACCACCACCCUUUCAUGGUGCUCCCUCCCACUACACCUCUUCUGGUGAAUCGUCAUGUUUACUGCUGUUCAAUCAUUUCCACCUCCUCCUCCUCCCCUUCUCCCUCCCUUCAGCCUGCAUCCACCUCCACCACCACCAUUGCUAUCACCCUCAUCUGUUAUUGACUUCCUUCAAGGAAAUGAAAUAAUAAAAUGUAAAUAAUAAAAAGAAA